AUGGAAGCGGGCGUCGCGUUUCAUUCCGGCCUCCCGCGCGCCCACACUUCGCAGCCUCCGUCACAUUCGCGCAUGACUUCCUCCGGCGGGCCUUCAGUCCUUAUGUCCUCGCACCAAAGCUUCCAGAGCUUCUCCACCCACAACAGCUCGCGCGACACCUCGGGCACCAAUGCCACCUCCACCUCCACCCUGUUCGGCCAGGCGCCGCCCGCCUUCCCCACGCUGGCUACGCCCGUCAACGGUGGCCCUGUCGAGGCCAGCGAAAACGUCCUCAACAAGCGCGCCGACAAGGACACGUCGCUGUUCCAGCGCUGCCUGACGCUGCAGCUGCGCUUGCGCGCCAUCGCCGGCUUCGAGCGCUGGCUGAACGAGGAGGAAGACCGCGCCGACGACGAUGAGCCUGUCGACCCCGUGACGCUGCUGUGGCGGACCUUCCGGCGGGGUUACCCGUUGAUGGAGCUGUACAACGCCCUGGGGCCCGCGAAUAUGCUGGUCAUUCCCAACGCAAAGGCCGACGAGAAGAGCCAGAAGAAGAAUGAGAAAAUGGCCACCUACAAGUUUAUCCAGGCCUGCGUCAACGAGCUGGGCAUCUCGCAGGAGGGCUGCUUCAUCCUGAUGGAUCUGUACGGUGACGAUACGACUGGAUUCGUCAAGGUCAUCAACGUCGUUAAUCGCGUCCUCGACUCGCUUGUCCAGAUGGGCAAGAUUAACCCGGCCGCCGCCGACCUCGACGACGGUGCCGUCUUCUCGUCCAUCAAGCGCUCUCAGCGAGAGUACAUCAUCGACGAGCUGGUCAAGACCGAGCGCACCUACGUCCAGCAUCUCGAGCUCCUGCAGGAGUUCAAGAAGCUCGUAGAAGAGAAGGGAAUUAUCAGCGGAGAUCAGAUCCACGACAUCUUCUUGAACCUGAACGCCCUGCUUGAUUUCCAGCGCCGGUUCCUCAUCCGUGUCGAGCAGACAAACGCGCUGUCCCCGGACGAGCAGAACUGGGGCAACCUCUUUGUGCUCUACAAGGAUGCAUUCAAGGUCUACGAGCCGUACAUUGCCAACCAGAAGAAGUGCGAGCAGAUCGCAAUGCGCGAGUUCGACAAGCUGAAAGAGACGGGCGGAACUGCAGAGAUGCGCCAGAUGGUGGAAUCCCCAACGCUGCUCACUUCUUUCUUGCUCAAGCCUUUUCAGCGAUUGACAAAGUAUCCGUUGUUGCUUUCGCAAUUGCAAAAGAACGGCGACCUCGACGAACAAAGAAAGGACGAUCUCGCUAGAGGCAUCGAAGCAGCCUCAUCUGUACUCGCUGGUACAAACGACGCCAUCGCUCGCGAAGAGCGCGUCGAAGCUGUCGAAGAGCUCAAGACUUUGGUAGAAGACUGGAAGGGUCACCGCAUUGAAGGUUUUGGUGAUCUGCUUCUCUACGGUCAAUUCACUGUGCUCAAGGGCGACAGCAUGAGCUCAAAGAACGAGGAGCGCGACUACAAGAUCUACCUUUUCGAAAUGAUAUUGCUCUGCUGCAAGGAAAUCAACGUCAACAAGCCGAAGAACAAGAUGUCCACCAGGUCACUAGUCACAAAGGACGGAAAGCCAAAGCUACAAUUAAAGGGCCGCAUCUUCAUGCAGAACGUCACCGAGACUAUUUCGCUACAGAAGCCAGGCUCUUACACCUGCCAGAUUUUCUGGAAAGGCGACCCAGGGAUCGAAAAUUUCAUCAUAAAAUUUACCUCGGAGGAGACCAUGAAGAAAUGGGCCGCUCAGGUGGAUGCACAGAGGCGUGUAUGGAAGGAACAAGCACGGUCCAGCGCCAGCACUACGACUUCGAAGCCCUCAGAUACCAACUUUACCUACAUGGCUGGUCUCAACGUCGAGAAUCCAUACGCCCAGCAGGAGGAGGACGAUGAUGACGACGACGAACCUCCAAACGGUUACCCACGAGAUAGUUACGGCAUGCAACAGAACGGAAUAGGUGGCUCUCCGCGAUCACGGUCAGGGACUGGCGAAGGCGGCCUGGACGGGAAUGAUUCAAGAGUGCCCCCACCACGAUUUCCUAUGGGCUACAAUGGCUCCUCUCAGCCACCAUUAACAUUGCGCACGCAACAGCUCCAGAACUCAGGUGCGAUGGAGUCUCAUUUUUCCCCUGUCGCUGAAACCCCCAUGUCGUCCUACUCAAAUUCCCGGACAAGUUCCUCAUCUACAGCUACGUUCCCGUUUCCUCGACAGACGCCGCCAAACGGGUAUUCGACGGAGGAAAACAAUCGCUACACUGCGCCUGCGCCUUCUCGUGGCCACGGUCGUGAGCCGUCAGGUCAGUAUGCUGCCGCGCGAGCCCAGCGACCAUCGUUGCCUGCCAAUGCCAGUAUGUCAUCUCAAGGUCCGCGUAUGCGGGCAGCUAGUAGCCCCGACAUUCACAAUGGUAACGUUCCACGUAAAGGACCAAGCGGACCCGUACCGGACGUACCACCUUUCCCAACACACUAUGCUUACAACGCUGCAAUCGUAAAUCGCAGCCAGAACAACUCACCGAGUAGUUUGCCCCCAAGAGCAGGCACUCAAUCACCCGCGAUCCAGAGAGAUCGUCUCAUCCAGCAAAGAACCGCCGCAGAGCUCUCCACGCUUGGCGAUUUCCCCGGUGGACCUCGUCGCGAUCCUGGCUUUCCCAUACCUCGUUCUAUGACGCCUGCAUCUUCUUUCGAGCGAACAAUGACUCCAGCUUCGAUGGACUCUCGAAACAUGUCGCCACCACUUUCGUCGGAACACUCUAAUAUUCCGAGUCAGCUAAAGGUGAAGGUUCACUGCCCAUCAGCAGGUAGCUCAAUGGUACUGGUUGUUAGCACCAACAUCAGCUUCCAGUCACUUAAGGACCGCAUCGAUGCCAAGCUUCAACGAUCAACUCCGGUUUCGCUUGCAUCUGGGCAGGUCAAGCUCAAGUACCUCGAUAGCGAAGGCACAUACGUUAGUGUCCAGUGUGAUGACGACGUCCUGGAGGCGUUUGAGAACUGGCAGGAGCAGCAACGAGACUUGAACCCAGGCGGCGGCCAACUGGGCGAGAUUGAACUUUUCUGCCAAUGA